UAUUAUUAUUAUUAUUAUUAUUAUUAUUAUUAUUAUUAAUAAUAGGGUGCCGCGUGGUCGUAGCUUUUGAGAAACAAAUUUUUGUUAAUACAAAAUAUUAUUCAACAUAUACAAAACGAAAAGUAGGAGUGAGUCAUCAAAUCCUAUCGAUAAAAGAUCGGCCCUACGCGAGUGAAAGCAUAAGAAGAAAAGAAGAUAAAUAUUAAAUAAAUAAAAGAAGGAAGGAAGGAAGGAAGGAAUCAAUCAAUCAACAUUAACAACAAACAACAACGACCAACUGAAAUCAAUUAUUUCUUGUUCUUCGUUGAUCGAACCAAGAAAUUACUACAUUACCACUACUACUAUCAGUUCUUCUUCAUCUUCUCCUUCUCGUUUGAAACAACCUAGAGACAGAUAAAGAAAGAGAGAGAGAGAGAGAAAGAAAGAAGUGCGUUAAAAGAUAGAAGAAUAGUAAACAAAACAAAAACAAAAAAAAAUACAGUGUAAGAGAGAUACAAAGUCUCUCGUACGUUCUCUUCUUAUACUGGGAGAAUGGCAAUGGUCAACAUGAAUAACCUACUCAAUGGCAAGGACUCGCGGUGGCUCCAGCUCGAGGUUUGCAGAGAGUUUCAACGCAACAAGUGUACCAGGCCUGACACGGAGUGCAAGUUCGCUCACCCACCAGCCAACGUCGAGGUGCAGAAUGGACGGGUCACUGCUUGCUACGACAGUAUCAAGGGCCGAUGUAAUCGAGAAAAGCCACCCUGCAAAUACUUCCACCCACCUCAACACCUGAAGGACCAGCUUUUGAUAAACGGACGCAAUCACUUAGCCCUGAAAAACGCGCUUAUGCAACAAAUGGGCCUAACGCCUGGUCAACCUUUAGUGCCUGGCCAGGUACCAGCAGUGGAGGCCCCGGCACCUCCGGCACCACACCAUCACCUUCAACAGCAAAUCCAGCAGCAACUUCUCGCUACCCACGCCUUUAUGGCGACGAAUCCGUACCUGACCGGUAUGCCGCAGGUGGGCAACGCGUACAGCCCGUACUUCGCGCCCAGCCCGAUAAUGCCGGCGAUAAUGGGGCCUGCAGACCCAACGGGAGUCGGCAGCCCACUCGGCGUAGUCCCGCAGACGGUUGCGAUGCCGCAGAAGAUGCCACGUACAGACCGCUUCGAGGUAUGUCGCGAGUUUCAACGCGGGGCGUGCAAACGCGGCGAGACGGAGUGCCGGUUUGCGCACCCCCUCGAGACGGUGCAGGCGAACGAGGACGGCUCUGUGACGGUCUGCAUGGACGCUGUCAAGGGCCGAUGCAAUCGGGACCCCUGCCGCUAUUUCCACCCCCCUCUGCACCUUCAAGCCCACAUUAAGGCCGCACAAUCUCGGGCUAGCAUUGCGACGGCAACUAUGCCUACGAGCAUGGCAGGAAUGGGCGCUCUAGCUGGUGGAAUGUCAGGUGUACCAGCAACUGCAAUUUCCGGAGGACUACAAGGAACAACAAUGGCGAGCAUCGAGCUCGGAAAGAAGCGGAUGCGCGACUCCAAUGAUGAUCUGCUAAUGGUACCACGGCUUAUGCAUGAAAUGGACAUGAAGUCUGUUGGGUCGUUCUACUACGAGAACUUUGCCUUCCCAGGAAUGGUUCCGUAUAAACGACCGGCGGCCGACAAGUCCGGUAUGCCGGUCUAUCAGCCGACCGGUGCGACGACCUUAAUGCAGUUGCAGCAGCCCUUCGUGCCUGUGUCAUGUGAGUACACUGGAACACCACCCCUACCUACCCAAACCUCUAACCAUUCGGUCAUGCAACCCCCGAACGUGCAAAGCAACCACCACCACCACCACCACCACGCGGUGGUGCAGUCCUCCUCUUCCUCCCAGGGAACCGGCGGCGUCUCUGUCGGUAACUGCGCCGACGCCAACAAUAGCGUCCUCAUGGAUCCGUGCAACAACCCGCCGCCGCCGCCGCCGACAACCGGCGACAAUAACAGUAGCGUUAGUAAUGCCGGUAACAAACAGACACUCGUUAAUGCCCAGAAUCAUGACGGCGAAAAUGCGCGUAACUCCCCCGAAUUGAAUCACUCGAGUCCGGCGAUUCAGCAGCAAGCUCAGCAACAAGCUCAGCAGCAAGCUCAGCAACAAGCUCAGCAGCAAGCUCAGCAACAAGCACAUCAACAGCACCAACAGCAACAACAUGCUCAACAACACGCUCAACAACAACUUCAACAACAUCAUCAGCAGCAAAUGAAUCAAUUGGCUUUGUCAGGCGUCCCGCCAUCCAUGAGUCCGUUGACAUCAAUGGCUGGAUUAACAUCAAUGCCAGGUGUCGUCAACAUGGCCUCGAUGGCCAAUAUGGUCAGCAUGGCAAACGCUUCAUCUAUGACUAACUUAUCUUCCAUGAGCAAUUACUCGGUUGCCAGUAUGGCGAAUUUGAAUAUGCUGAAUACGCUAGGUAUGUCCGGAUUACCAGCGCAUCUAGACGCUGCUGCUCUGGCUAAGGAGGUGGCCCAGAAGAAUUACGCGAAAGCAAUCAAAUUGUCUCAGGCGUCGCAAUCUUAUGGUAUUAGUCAACUGACGGCACUUAAUUACACCGGCGUAGCAUUGAACAAGCAAACCUUGGUGAAUCCAGCGAGUGCCGCAGCCGCUGCUGCUGCGGCUGGACCUGGAUCGGCUUUACAGGCUAGCGGUUUGCCCGGAAGUACCGGAACACAGAGAUCAGUGAUUCCUGGACUGGCCGGUAUCCCCGGUGCGUUAACGUCGCCUCUUUCAGCUGGCAUACUAGCAUACUCGAGACCUCAACCAACCGCCACACCUAUUAAUCCGUACUCCCUGAUCAGACAACAGAUCCUACCGAACCCUUACGUCCAAGCAUCGAUACCUGGUGUCCCUGGAGCGACCGCAGCCGCUGUUCAGGCAUCUCCCUACGUCCAGAAUCCGUACGCCGUUUUACCAGGUAUGGCUGGUGUACCUGCUGGUGUAGCAGCCGCGGCAGGUGUACCGACCGUACCUCAGUUACCGCAAAUCCCCAAUCCCGCGACGAUAGCGGCGCAACCGCAGGUUGCCAUACCGGUCAGCUCCGGUGUGAUCAUGCAACCCUAUAAGAAGAUGAAGACUUCGUAAAGAGCGUCGCUUUUUUAAAUCUCCUUGGCUUGUCUCCGUAGCAAGAGGUCUGUCGUACUUUUUUCUGGGCCAACUUCUUCUCUCUUUUUCUCUCUCUUUCUUUUCCUCUUAAUUUGUCUUGUUGGUAUCUCAUUGAUUUCUUAAAAAACCCAACAAAAUCAAUUCUCUCGUAGUAGUAAUUCACUGUUGAGCAUACGUAAGUGCAAUUUUUCGAUUAAUUUCAAUAAAAAAGAUGAACAACAAGCACUCCACUAAACUGGAUCAUCCAUCGAUCUUUCUAUCGUCAAAAAUCUAUAAUAUUUUAUGUCAUUUUUUUCGUGAAAACUAUGAUAAGGAAACUAGAUAAAAAGAAAGGAGAAGAAAGAGAGAAAGAAAGAGUGAAAAUUUCGGUCGAGCAAACGCGAAACUUCGGGAGAGACGAGACGAGACGAGAUGAGACGUGACGAAACGAGACACGCUAUACAAUGAAAAAAAAAAAGUUCCGAAAAUAGAUUCAUUUUCUAGUCAGACAUUGUCGGUGAACAGUGCCUUAUUGACCCGAUUCCUCGUUUGAGCGUUUUUUUUAAAACGUAAGACGAAUAGAAAUGAGAUAGAGAAAAAGAAAAGAAAAAAAAAA